GUUCUAAUAACGAUCCCUUUGGCGGUCUUACAAAAAGGGCUGAUUACAUUCGCUCCGGCUUUACCAGCGACAAAAUCGGCAGCUCUGAAGCAUCUGGGUGCAGGCUUGAUUGAAAAGGUGGCAGUGAAAUUUCCACGGCGUUUCUGGUCCUCAAUUUUGAAAAGUGACGGCACAUUGGAUUAUUUUGGUCAUGUCCCGAAGAAUGCCAGUGAACGAGGGCUCUUCAAUAUGUUCUAUGAUUUUUCGAGUCGCAGAAGCAAAAAUCCCCAUUACGUUCUGAUGUCUUAUGUAUGCGGCGAUUCGGUGAAUUUAGUGAACGAAAAAAGUGAUGUGGAAGUAGUGGAUAUUUUCGUGGAUACUCUCCGUGAUAUGUUCCCUCUUCAGGUUUCAAGUUUUCUUUUUUCACGAUCUUCAGUCAGUGUUCAGGGAAGAGUAGGAGGCGACCACAUGCAUUCCUAG